UUCCUAAAGGCAAAGAGGCGUGGCUUACUGCUACCCAUCCACUGUACUUUUCGGCGUCUCUUGGAAUUGACGUCACUGUUGCGCCGCACGUGUGAAGAAGUUGCUGAAAGGAGCUAAUUCUAAGCGCGGUUCACUUUUGUGAUCGUGGUGAGCAGUAUGAAGUAUAUACUGGUUACAGGUGGAGUCAUCUCUGGCAUUGGCAAAGGGGUCAUUGCCAGUAGUGUUGGGACCAUUUUGAAAUCAAGCAACCUGCAUGUGACUUCAAUCAAAAUUGACCCCUACAUCAAUAUUGAUGCAGGGACCUUCUCCCCGUAUGAACAUGGGGAAGUAUUUGUGCUGGAUGAUGGAGGUGAAGUGGAUCUCGACCUUGGCAAUUAUGAACGUUUUCUAGACAUUCGGUUAACAAAAGAUAAUAAUUUAACAACUGGAAAAAUCUACCAGUCUGUUAUUAACAAGGAGAGAAAAGGCGAUUACCUUGGAAAAACAGUUCAAGUUGUUCCUCACAUCACAGAGGCAAUCCAAGAGUGGGUAAUGAGACAAGCGCUUAUUCCAGUGGAUGAAGAUGGUAUAGAACCGGAAGUCUGCGUGAUAGAGCUUGGGGGCACUGUAGGAGAUAUAGAGAGCAUGCCCUUUGUGGAAGCAUUUCGUCAGUUCCAGUUCAAAGCUCGCAGAGAAAAUUUUUGCAAUAUUCAUGUCAGCCUUGUACCACAGCCUAGUGCUACUGGGGAGCAGAAAACCAAACCUACACAGAACAGCGUGCGGGAACUCCGUGGACUAGGCCUAUCGCCAGACCUGGUGGUGUGUAGGUGUUCCACUCCACUAGACACUUCUGUUAAGGAGAAAAUAUCCAUGUUCUGUCAUGUAGAGCCGCAGCAGGUUAUCUGUGUUCAUGAUGUCUCCUCAAUAUAUAGAGUACCUCUUCUGCUGGAGGAACAGGGAGUUGUGGACUAUUUCCGCCAGCGCUUGGACCUUCCCAUUGGUCGCCAGCCUCGAAGGUUGCUCAUGAAAUGGAAAGAGAUGGCAGACAGAUAUGAACGGUUGUUGGAGUCCUGCAGUAUCGCUUUAGUAGGAAAGUAUACUAAAUUCUCAGAUUCCUAUGCUUCUGUAAUCAAGGCUCUGGAACAUUCUGCACUAGCUAUAAACCAUCGUCUGGAAAUCAAGUAUAUAGAUUCUGCAGAUUUAGAGCAAGAAACCCUUCAGGAAGAGCCUGUGCGUUACCAUGAAGCUUGGCAGAAGCUUUGCAGUUCAGAUGGCAUCUUGGUACCUGGAGGAUUUGGGGUACGAGGAACAGAAGGGAAGAUUCAGGCAAUAGCCUGGGCGCGAAAACAGAAGAAGCCUUUUUUGGGGGUGUGUUUAGGAAUGCAGUUAGCCGUUGUUGAAUUUGCACGUGAUGUCCUGGACUGGAAAGAUGCGAAUUCCACAGAAUUCAACCCUAAAACAAGUCAUCCAGUGGUAAUUGACAUGCCUGAACAUAACCCUGGUCAGAUGGGUGGAACCAUGAGGUUAGGCAAAAGAAGAACCAUCUUUCAUUCCCAGAAUUCAGUCAUGAAGAAAUUAUAUGGAGGCCAUGAGUAUGUGGAAGAGAGACACCGCCACAGAUAUGAGGUGAACCCAGAACUUCGAAGAGAACUGGAAGCUCGAGGCUUAAAGUUUGUGGGUCAGGACACAGAAGGAGAAAGGAUGGAAAUUGUUGAAUUGGAGGAUCAUCCUUAUUUUGUUGGUGUUCAGUAUCAUCCCGAAUUUCUGUCCCGUCCCAUCAAGCCCUCACCCCCAUAUUUUGGCUUGUUACUGGCUUCUGUGGGAAGACUUUCUCAGUAUAUAGAAAGAGGAUGCCGGCUUUCACCUAGGUACAAUACUGUCUUGGACACCUACAGCGACAGAAGUGAGAACAGUUCUCCUGAUGCAGAAAUAGCAGAGCUCAAGUUACCGAUGAUUGAUCACGAAUGAAUGGUGACAUUCAUUCUCUCUUUGGAAGAACAGACUCCUGAAGGAUAUACACCUAUUAACAUCCCAAGGCUUUUUUUCUGUUUAAUUGUAUUUCCUUUUCUCUUGUUUUGUAUCCUCUAUAAGGGUAAGAUUUCUUUUUCAUUUCUGGUCUUUUUUAGCAUUCAUCUUAUUCUUUGCUCUAUCUUUGAGCAGCCAGUAUUACUGAGAUAAUCUGCUCAGUGUUGUCCUACUUGAAGACUGUUGGAAUUCCCACUCCACUCCAGUACUGACACUGACUCUUGGCAUGACAGACUUCUGCCUCUAUAGCAGAUUUAUUUAUAUGUACUCUACCUAACCAUGUAUGAGAUCUGAUACCUAUGGAGAUCUACCUGGCAGAUGUGUAUAUAUUUGGAAGUGGGGUUGCUGAUCUACAAUUUUUUUUUUUUUUUUCUUAAGCUCACUGGCAAACUGCAAAUUAUCUCAAAUGUGCUUUAUAAGCAAGUGUCUGUAGGACAGCCUUAUAAUCACAUUUGUAAUUUCUAUUUGUAAUAGAGAACAGUUUUACACAGUUUUAAAUAGUGCUGUGUAGCUGUUUUCUUUCCCUUUGUACUUGGUUGUGAUAAAUCAAAGGGUAGCUGGAUGACCCUUUGUUGUAUUUAAUUGCCAUGGAAAAAAACCUAUUUGGAUAUGUGCACUGUACACACAAACACUUGUACAAAUAAUUAUAUUGUUAUGUUACACAACACAUCUGUGCAUUCUGGCAGCUGAUGGAUACACACAAUCUACCUGAUUUCAUCUUUUUUUGGUUUAUAUCACUUGGACUGCAGUCUCACAGGAAUUGGUGCAUCUGCAGAGCUGAGUAGCGUAGGAUAGGGGUGUCCUUGACCCAUUUUACUUGUAUUCGGCCUACAAGUAAAUAAGUUAAAGUAUUUUAGUAUGAAUUAAUACACUUUUAAUUUUUCUUAAUUCUCAGGUUCAGUAGAUGUUUCAUAGGAAUGUAUACUAAUCAUUCCUAUGGAUUUUUAGAUACCAGUUUGUGUCCAUGACAAUCCUACACACACUAUGCAUUCUGUCCUCCAUCUGCUGCCCUAUUUAACCCUAUGAUGGGGGCGCCUUUACAGCAUACUGGCUUUUAAUCCUAUUGCCCUUUUAUAGAUUGGCAUGUUAUGACAUCCUUUGAUGUAUGCAGGAAUGAUUCCCAACUUGUAUUGUGAAGUUCACCAUUAAAAUUAACUUUUAGCAUCAUGUAGACUAUAGUAUACAUAUAAUAUAGAUAUAUCUAUAUUUUGAAACUCAUAGGACCUGGGAUGUAUAUUAAAAUGGUUGUUCACAUUUGAGUUAACUUUUAGUAUGAUGUAGAGAGUGAUAUGCUGAGACAAUUUGAGAUUGGUUUUCAUUUUUAUUUGUGGUUGUUAUUUGGCUUUUUAUUCAGCAGCUCUUCAGUUUGCAAUUUCAGCAAUCUGGUUGCUAGAGUCCAAGUUACCCUAGCAGACUGGAAAAUGAAUAGGAAAGAUGAGUAAUAAAAAGUAGCUUUACAGAGUAUUUAUUUUUUAGAUGAGAUCAGUGACCCCCCCCCCCAUUUGAAAGCUGAAAAAAGGCAAAUAAUUAAAAAAAAUUUGAUAAAAAAUAAAUAAUAAAGACCAAUUAAAAAGUUGAGUAGAAUUGGCCAUUUUAUAACAUAAAAAAGUUAACUUAAAGGUGAACGUUAAGGAUUUUAUUGGGAAUUUAGAAUUUUAUUCUGAAAGUAUUGUUUACUUAAUACAGUGGCUUUGCAAUCUGUUUUGGUUAUGUUGGGUUAGUUGACAUCAGAGACAAGGCAAUAACUCCUUGUUUAGAGUGGAUCAGGCAAGAAUGAACAAUUGUGUAUUGAUUUUCUACAUUGUGGAGAAUGGCAUUGCCUAUGUUUUUAGAUGGUAAUCUCAUGUUUGUUCUAUGCCAUUAUAUAAAAUCUAGCCUAUGAAUCCAUUCAUUGAGACUGCUAG